ACUUCCUAAACGCGCUGCUUUUAACUUACACUUUCCGCAAUAGUUCAGUUGGUCUAUUCUUUGAUGCAGUCGGACAAUUCUAGGCGGCCGCAGGUCGAAAAUGCCAGUCAUCAAACGUUCGGGGUUUCUGAGAUAGCCAUUCAAGCAGACCGCGAUGCAGAGGAGGAAAGAGAAUCGGAACCAAAGACUAAGGAUUUCGACUUCGAGACUCCUUUUCUAUUCAGUGACGCAAUCCUCAUUGUACAAGGACGCAAGUUGCACUGUCAUCGUGCCAUUCUGUCCAUAUAUUCCCCGGUUUUCACUGCCAUGUUUCGAAAUCGAUGCCUCGAAAAUCAAAAGAACGAGGUUAUCAUCCCCGGGGAUUCGUACGAUGACGUGAAGGAAAUUCUACUGCACAUGUACACUCCCGGAGGACGUGAAAUGUCAAUGGAGUCCGCCCAAAAGCUAUUACCUAUCUUACAUCGGUACCAGAUCGACACAAUGGUUACUAUGGCAGAACGCAUCCUCACAUUUCGCCUGACGGAUAGCAGUGCUCCAAUGUGUCUUCAGGUGGCUGAUUUAUACAACCUGACGAGACUGCGGCAAGCUGCGUUGGAAUCCUGUGCUCGGUUGGAUUUGGAGCGCUUAAACAAGGUGUUUCAAGAGUGCUCACUAAGCGUCGAGCUUCGGAAUGAAAUUUUACAAAAACGCGUUACCGUGUUGGAAAAGUGUCUAGUGGAUAUCCAAAACAGUUUCACGCACUCCUGUUCUCGUGUGGAAAGUCGCAUGGAGCGUAUUCCCGCAAACCACUGUCAGGAGCACUCCAGACCAAUGACAACCAUUCGACUGACUCCUAUCACACCACCGUCUCGUCCCCUCCCACCCGAACUCUUUGACGGUACAGCCGGUGCUGUCCCACAAUCCACUACAGAGGUAGCCGCCAGUAUAACACCUGCUUCCGUAGCCCUGGGAAGCAUAGAUAUGCGUCCCACCGCGGAAAAUCUUCGCCAGAGUUCCACGGAUGGCAACGCAACUUUGACCAGCAGCUUCCAGAUAUCCCCGGAGGUGACAACAUCCGUAGUAUGCGAAAAAUGCGCGGAACAACUGAAAAGUCAUAUUGUGGAGUUGUGCAAACGAGGCUUGCACAAAAUUCCAAUAGUGAUGCUACGUAACACGUGAUCGUUAUUAGGCCAUGGUCUAACAGCAUUCAUAGGGUUCCACUGUCCAAAUGAGCAUGACAAUAGCCUUUGUCUUUCCAACACACUGCUUAACAAGUUGCAUCUUUAUUUCUGCCUUAGCCACGUCUAAUCCCCCAUUUGUUUUUCCCAUAGUCGGCAUAUUUUACCAUUUGAUCAGACCACUGAGUUGGACUGUGCCUCGCUUUAUCGAGAAAUUUACUACUUAUUACUUAUUAUUAUUACUAUUGUCAUCCCAUACUUGACGAAAAAAUGAUGCCAUUUACUGCAUUC